ACAAUUCCUGUGGGCGGAGGAGCGAUUCCGGUUCCGGGUGUCUUCAUAGCAGUCGGUGUCGUUUCCGAUUAUGGUCUUUUAUCGGAAACUUUUCUCGACCAUCGACGGAUUACAGUAGGGUAUUUUUUUUUUUAAAGUCUGACGAGUGAGUAAAGAAGCGAACAUGACUACCCGCUCGGAGAGAGAGAAGGCCCAGAAGCUGAAUGAGCAGCACCAGGCCAUCCUGUCCAAAAUGCUCCGAGAGGAAGACAACAAGUACUGUGCCGACUGCGAGGCGAAAGGUCCGAGAUGGGCGUCCUGGAACCUGGGGGUGUUUAUCUGUAUCCGAUGUGCCGGCAUUCAUAGGAACCUCGGUGUACACAUAUCCCGAGUGAAAUCGGUGAACUUGGACCAAUGGACCUCAGAUCAAAUUCAGAGCAUACAGGAUAUGGGAAACACUAAGGCCAGGCAACGUUAUGAAGCCAACCUUCCAGAGAACUUCAGAAGACCUCAAACAGACCAAGCAGUUGAAUUCUUCAUCAGGGAUAAAUAUGAGAAGAAGAAAUACUACAGUAAGAAUGUGACCAACGGAGGCAGUCCGAAAGAGUGCAAUAAGAAAGAGAAAGAGACAGAGCGAGGGAGCAAGGUGUCAUCUUACACAAAAAAGAGUGAAGAGUCUAGGCCAGCCCCCAAAAUCAGCCCAGUUAAGACACCAGAACCUUCUGUUAACCUACUAGGACUUGAUGCACCGGCUGCUGCACCAAGCAACAAUGGCAUAAUGAGCACAAGCCAGAACAAUAACGACCUGGAUAUAUUUGGUCCUAUGGUGUCCAAUCCACUACCCUCUUCCACGCCAGCUGCUUCGUUUUCUCAGGCGAGCUCCAGCACCAUGGCAGGAACCCCCACACAAGUCCCAGCAGCAGCAGCAGCAGCAGUAGGUGGAGGGUCGGGACAGGGUGACCUCGACCUGUUUAGUGAUGGCAGCAGCAACACAUCUAAGACUGAAGACAGUGCAAAGAAGCCGCUGUCCAAGGACUCUAUUUUGUCGUUGUAUGGAACCAACAACAUGUCGCAGCAGGCUCCUGCUGCCGGCAUGUUCAUGGGCCCCUCUCAGAUGCAGUUUCCUGUCCAGACUUCUGCCGGUUAUCAGGCCUUCCCUGGCAUGGGCACAGCCAUGCCCCCUACAACAGUCAUGGGCGCCAUGAUGGCACAGAGCGGUGCGGCCAUGAUGGGGCCUAGCCCGGGUAUGAUGGUUGGGAUGACGGUGCCCAACGGUUUCAUGGGAAACGCCCCCGGUAGCGGCGUGAUGGGCAUGGCUCCCAGAAUGAUGUCGCCACAUGGCGGUGCAAUGCCUGCAGGCAUGGUGCCUGCUCAGGGCAUGUAUGCCAUCCAGCAUGGUCAACAAGCUCAGUGGAACAUGGCCCAGAUGAGCCAGCAGAUGUCAGGGUUGCAUCUAAAUGGUGCAGCAGGACACAUGGCCUUCGGUCAACCGCCAUCAGCUAUGGGGGGUUGGGCGGCCGCACCGGGAUCCGGCCAGACUCUGAGCACGCAGCUAUGGAAGUGAGCUUUUUUGGUGACGGACGAACCGAGGGAAAGUGGCGGUUGCAGAACGUGCAAAACAUUUGUGCUUUUCUGCGCCUCACUAGGAACUGUCUUUCCACCAUGGACCAGCCUUCAAGAACAUAAACAUUUUAUCUCUACUUCCCUUCUCCUUUUUGUCUGUCUCUCUUUCUCUCUAUUGUGUGAGUGAACUGGGAGUCUUACCGCCUGUUUGAUCAUCGCUUUUAUUUUCCUUUUUUGGAAAACAAAUACAAGGAGAUAACUGUCCUUACAAAAAUGAUAUUGACAUAUCAGAAAACGUGCAGGACCAGCUAGACGAGCUUUUAUUGUAUCACUGUAUCAUUAUAAGAUUAAAGGACAUUUAAAUAAAUAGUAUUUAACAGGAGAAGAUUAGACUUAUCCAGUCUGUCUGCGCUUCUCUCAAGUGUACAGCGCUGUAUAACCUUUUAAAGUACAUGUGGUUCCCCUAUAAAAAAAAAUAAAGACAUCAUAAAUAA